CGUAAGCUGAUCGUUAAUUGUAUUGUAGGUACUGAGGCGUUGAUUAUGAAUCAGCCGACAAUGUUGAGAGUAAGCAUUUUGCUUUGUGUUUGUGUUUAUGUUUCUCUCGCUACUGAUUGCCGAAUAUAUCUGCGUAGUAAUGCUACACACGAAAAGUCACCACUGUUACUCAAAUCAAAAGGAGCAGUUUAUAAUUUACUAGAGCCAGAAGGAACAUAUUUUAAACUAAAAGAAGGAGAAAACAUUGUGAUUGGUUGUUCCAAUGUUAAAAAUGAGAUAGCUGAGCUGAAGGAGCAUCUUGCAAACAUUACUUGUGUGAAACAUCAGGAAUUCGAAGUAAAAGGCCUGAAAAAGCAACUUAAUCAGCUGAACUGUUCAUCAAGUAUUUCUAGUGCGAUCAAAGCACAGAAUCGUCCUUGUGCAGGGGGAACAGGUGCCUUAUUUGAUGUUGGAUUUGAAGUUCUCGGAAUACCAUUCGUUAAAUUCUUCCAGUCUUGUUACAGCUUGGAAAAAUCUUCAGUGAUCUACACGGACCACGACAUCCUCGGACGUUCGAUUAAUGAUGGUCAAAUAAACAAUGAUCGCCCGGCAUUCAAAGUUGGUGGAUUGAACAGUAAAGUGCGGUUCUCUUCAGUCUACACACAAAACGCUCAGAAAGAAAGAUUGGCGCAGCUACUGGGAUCAAACACACUCGCAGAAAAAUACAUUUCUUCAUCAUCUUUUUUUGCCAAAGGUCAUCUUACGCCGGAUGGCGAUAGUGUGCUGAAUUCCUGGGCAGGAGCAACGUACUUCUAUAUUAAUGCAGCUCCCGAGUGGCAGAUAAUCAACGUGGGAAACUGGGUUCGGGUAGAGAAUGCCGCUCGGAGCAUUGCAGCCAAGCUAAACGACACCGUGAAAGUAUUUACUGGAGUGUACGACAUUUUGACCCUUCCAGAUGUCAACGGUCGGAUGGUUCCAAUAACACUGGCGGAAAACUCUCAGCUUGAGGCACCCAAGUGGUUCUGGAAGGUUUUGUUCCACGCGGCGUCGAACUCGGCGAUUGCUCUGAUUACUCUGAAUAACCCCUACGCUUCGAGUGGGGAAUAUCUAUGCAAUGAUGUUUGCAAUCGAUACGGUUGGGGCCAGAAGGAGUUCCAGGAUCUGCGGAAAGGGUUUACCUACUGCUGCACCGUACAAGAGCUCAGGAAAGCAAUCAAAUUCAUUCCUACAAAAGCAGACGCUUCCAACAUUCUCCGAUUUAAUUAAAUUGUUGUUUCAUCUAUGCAUCCUAUAUAGCUUCGGAAAAGAAAACAGGCGUGUAUGUGAUACCGACGAAUGAGUUGAAUAAGAUCGGCCUUGCAGGUGGUAAAUAAGUAAAGAAUGUCAUUGACCGAUAGCAUUCGUUAGCUGUUUGAUAAAUGAAAUGAAAAUGUGUCUUUGGUUCCGAUUUUCCGAGUUUAGCAUGUUGAAAAUUUAAUUCAGUUAGUACAAAAAUAAAUUAAUUGAAACCGCAGCAAAUUCGUUCAACAAGACAAUUAUGAUUAUGUCGCCGCUCUCUUUAGUAUUUUUGUUUCAAUUGAAAAUUUGAAGUAGUGUUUAAUAGUUUAUUUGUUAAACUCUCGGAAAAAUACGUUCACCAACUAGGGCAAAAACGCUCGCUUCUAGAAUCUCUGAUGAAAGUAAUUUAAAACAACAUUUAAGAAACAAAAUAUAUUGCUUUUUUGUGCUUGAUUAA